UGCCUCAAGUAUGGUAUUUGUAGAAGCUGUAUAGUAUCCCCUCUAGAGAGUUAGAGAGAGAGUGAGUGAGUGAGAGAGAGAGAAACUAAAAGUGAGUGAGUGAGAGAGAGAGAGUGAGAGAGAAGAAGAAAGGAACAACCUUUGAGAGUGUUUGGAUCUUGAUCUUGAGUUUCUGAUCUGGGUUUCUGGAUGUUUUGAACGAUCUUUUUUCUUGAUUUGGCAAACCGGGAUGGUGAACCGGAAUGGUGGAUCGGGUUUAUUACAGCAGCUCUCGAGUCUGUUCAUCCAGCAACUUCGUGGUCGUUCUUCAGUUGUAGUCUCUGUUCUUGAUGAUGUGAACUCGUUGGUCGUCAUUGUCAUCUAGAUGAGAUUUUUGUUGUUUUGCAUACAAAGAUUUUAGGAAUCCGAUGAUUUUUUUAUGGUAGAUUGAUUUGAGAUAAAAGUUUUUAGAUUAGUUCGACAAUUCUUUCAUUCUUUCUUGAAUAUAUAGAUUGGUUUGUUCUUUUUAGGGGCAGGGGAUUCAAUUCAAUUCAUUCUUCAUAUUUGCAUAUUAAGUCGCACAAAAAAAAAUUUCAUUUCUUCAUAUAGGAUUCACUUUGAUUUCAUUAAAAACCAAGAAAAAAAAGGAUUUUGAUUUUGAAUCUUUGUUCAUCGGAUUCCAUUUUUUUAGAAAACAUCAAUUGUUGUUUGUGCAAGGACACACAUUCACACACACUUAGACCAUCUUUGGGUUGGGUAGAUUUUGUUAGAGGAUGUUGGCAGGUUGUUCAAGUUCAUCAUUGUUGUCACCGACACGAAGAUUGAGGAGUGAAGCAGCAGUAGCAGCAACAUCAGCAACAGUAUCAGCACAUUUUCCCAUGAACACACAGAGAUUGGACUUACCAUGCAGUAGUAGCUUCACUCGCAAGGAAACUCCUUCUAACCGACCACUUGGAAGAAGCAUCUCACUUGACAACAGCAACAACAACAACAGCAGCAAACCCAUCGAGCGCAAGACGAGUGGUUGUUCCCUUAAGCAGAACAUAAAGCUUCCACCUUUGGCGACUACAAGAGGAAAUGGAGAAGGGUUUUCUUGGAACAACGACAGCAACAUCAACAACAACAGAGGGAAGAAGAGCUUGAAGAGAUUGGCGGAGGAAGACGAGUCUUGUUUAAGCAGAGCGAAGAAGACGAAAUGCGAAAACGAAGGUGGUGAUGAUGAUGAGGAAAAGCUUUGCUUUGUGCCUAGUGAAGUGAUUUCUCAGCCUUUACCAAACUGGGUUGAUUCGGUGAUCACUGAGUUAGCUGGUAUAGGCGAUAAAGACGUUGAGAGUAGCCGUCCUGCAGCAGUCAAGGAAGCUUCUGGAUCAUCCACAAGUGCAUCAUCAGAGAGUCAUAGCUUAAGCCAUAGAGUACCAGAGCCAACGAAUGGUUCAAGGAAUCCAUACUCACACCGAGGCGCAGCAGAAGAAAGGACCAGCGGAACCAUCAACAUCAACAACAACAAUCACAGGAACGAUCUGCAGAGAGAUUUCGAGCUUGUUAAUCUGAUUACAGGAUGUUUAGAAGCGAUCAGAUCGAGGAACAUAGCGGCUAUUAACCAUUUCAUUGCGAGAAUCGGCGAUCUUUCUUCUCCUAGAGGAAGAACACCAAUGACACGCCUCAUAGCCUACUACAUUGAAGCUUUGGCACUAAGAGUAGCUCGUAUGUGGCCUCACAUCUUCCACAUCGCACCGCCUCGUGAAUUCGACAGAACAGUGGAGGAUGAAUCAGGAAAUGCAUUGAGGUUCUUGAAUCAAGUAACCCCAAUUCCAAAGUUCAUUCAUUUCACAGCCAACGAGAUGCUACUCAGAGCAUUUGAAGGCAAAGAGAGAGUUCACAUUAUAGAUUUCGACAUCAAGCAAGGUUUACAAUGGCCUAGCUUCUUCCAAAGCUUAGCUUCAAGAACAAAUCCACCACACCAUGUUAGGAUCACUGGAAUAGGAGAAUCGAAACUCGAGCUAAACGAAACAGGAGAUCGUCUCCACGGAUUUGCAGAGGCAAUGAAUCUUCAAUUCGAGUUUCAUCCUGUAGUUGAUAGACUUGAAGACGUUAGACUAUGGAUGCUUCACGUCAAGGAAGGUGAAUCAGUAGCUGUAAACUGUGUUAUGCAGAUGCACAAGACGCUCUACGAUGGAACUGGAGCAGCAAUUAGAGACUUUUUGGGUUUAAUCAGAAGCACUAACCCAGUUGCCCUAGUUCUUGCUGAACAAGAAGCAGAACACAACUCAGAGCAACUCGAGACACGAGUUUGUAACUCUUUGAAGUACUAUUCGGCGAUGUUCGAUGCUAUUCACACGAAUCUCGCUACGGAUAGCUUAAUCAGAGUCAAAAUCGAGGAGAUGUUGUUUGGGAGAGAGAUCAGGAACAUUGUUGCGUGUGAAGGAAGUCAUAGGCAAGAGAGGCAUGUAGGUUUUCGCCACUGGAGGAGGAUGCUGGAGCAGUUAGGGUUUCGGAGUCUUGGAGUCUCGGAGAGAGAGGUUUUGCAGAGCAAGAUGUUGCUUAGGAUGUACGGAUCUGGCAAUGAGGGGUUUUUCAACGUGGAGAGGAGGGAUGAAGACGGCGGAGCUGAAGGCGGACGCGGCGGUGGAGUCACGUUAAGGUGGUCGGAGCAGCCACUUUAUACAAUCUCGGCUUGGACUAUCGGAAGGAGUUAGAAGGGUUUUAAGGAAACAAAACUAAAUUUUAAAAAUAUACAUUUUAGGGUUUUAAAGAGUUUAGAAAAAGGGAAAAAAUAUUGAUUUUAUUCUUUCAUUCAUUUCUUGGGGUUGGGUAGGUAUUUUUUAUUAUAAAAUAUGUGUAAGGAUUAGUAUUUUGUAUUAGUUUGAAAUCUUUUACAUGUAAACUGAAAGGCUUUUUAAUGUUCUUUGAAUCAAAUAAUAAAAAGUGAAGUAUUUUUCUUAUA